AUGCGCGCAGUAGCGGGCGUGUUGUGGGCAUGUUUUCUGUAGUCUUGCAAGUACAGUAGCUUAUCUUGUCUUGUGCUAUGAGCGGUCUGGCGCGCAUGAUAAGCGGAUCGGAUCUUCUCUGGAACACCAGAAUGGAACUUAUUGAACUGAUUUUUGUUUUUGCGAAUGGAAUUUUGAUGUGUGUUUCUGGUGGACCUUACCAUGAGCAUCCCAUAAACCUGAACUGCUCGUCCCUGAGGGAUGGAGACAGCUAUCGCAUCCGAACAGAAGCCGUCGUGGGGAUGAACAUCACUUUGUGCGAUCAAGCAUGGAGCAGAGAAGAGCAGAAUGGUUCACUUCCAGUAGGGUAUUACCCGAAGGGGGACACCGACAUCAGUCCUCCUGUGCUUGACCUCACAGCACAAGAGAUCUGGAUGAAGGAAUGUGCCAACCUUACGCUGAUGCUGCACUGUGACCAGGUCCACGGAUACAGAUUUGUAGUGAACUUGGAUGAUAGACAAGAAGAGAUGACAACUCGUGGAUUCACUGGCAACUUGGAUGAUGGACAAGAAACAACAACUCAUGGAUUCAUUGCUGCUGUUGUAGUAAUAGGAGUGUUUGCAGUGCUCCUCCUGGUUCUGGCAGUAAGAUACAGAUCUCAUUGUGUCAAUGCUUUUGAGUGUUUGCGUCAUUGGAGGUAGGAUGAAUCUUUGGUAAGUAUUUCCUUUUGGCUUGCCAAUUUGUUACAAGUGCUAAUGGUGGCUUAUAUUAGUUAAGUUUGAGCUUAUAUUUUUUUCAAAGGGAUCAGUAAUUCUGCAGGUGUAAUGUAUAAUGUUAACGUGGUUGCCUACUAACAAUAGCUAAGUGCUUACUAAGGGAUUUCCCCACAGGACGGGACAAUCUCCCAGUCUUCAUAUUCACGCCUGGUGAGCGAGUGGAAAGGGGGAGCUUUGCAGCGGCACAUCCAGCAGUGUGUUGCUGGUAUUAUAACAUCAUCAUCCAUUUUGCCAUGUAUUUGUUUAUUUUGAAUGAAUAUUUCGAUAUGUGUGUAAUUAAUAAAGGAAUUCUUUUUACUUAU